GGCGGCGUGACGCGUCCUUCUCCCCUGCCUGUUCCCGCCAGCGGAAGGCAGCGCGCUCUGCUGUAAAAUCAGUGCCGAGUGAAUCUUGAACCAUCUGUCAAAAUGGUGAACUUCACAGUCGACCAGAUCCGUGCCAUCAUGGACAAGAAGUCCAACAUCCGUAACAUGUCUGUGAUUGCGCACGUGGAUCACGGGAAAUCUACACUGACUGACUCUCUGGUGUCCAAGGCUGGAAUCAUCGCCUCCGCCCGCGCCGGAGAAACCCGCUUCACUGACACACGUAAAGACGAGCAAGAGCGCUGCAUCACCAUCAAAUCCACUGCCAUCUCCAUGUACUACGAGCUGACCGAAAAUGACAUGGCCUUCAUUAAGCAGUGCAAGGAUGGAUCUGGUUUCCUCAUCAACCUGAUCGACUCUCCCGGCCACGUGGACUUCUCCUCCGAGGUCACGGCUGCUCUGCGUGUCACCGAUGGAGCUCUGGUUGUGGUGGACUGUGUCUCUGGUGUGUGCGUGCAGACAGAGACGGUGCUGAGACAGGCCAUCGCCGAGCGCAUUAAGCCCGUGCUGAUGAUGAAUAAGAUGGACCGGGCCCUGCUGGAGCUGCAGUUGGCCCCCGAGGAGCUGUACCAAACCUUCCAGCGUAUCGUGGAGAAUGUCAACGUCAUCAUCUCCACCUACGGAGAGGACGAGAAUGGACCCAUGGGUAACAUCAUGAUUGAUCCAGUGAUCGGUACUGUGGGUUUUGGAUCUGGUCUUCACGGCUGGGCUUUCACUCUGAAGCAGUUUGCGGAGAUGUAUGUGGCCAAGUUUGCUGCUAAAGGUGAAGGUCAGCUGAGCCCAUCUGAACGCUGUAAGAAAGUUGAGGACAUGAUGAAGAAACUCUGGGGUGACAGGUGUGCAUUGAAACGGUUUAAUACAACAUUUCUUUAUUCCAGGACCAUUUUGAUGAUGGGUCGUUACGUGGAGCCCAUUGAAGACGUGCCAUGUGGUAACAUCGUGGGUCUGGUUGGCGUGGACCAGUUUUUGGUGAAGACCGGGACCAUCACAACUUUCGAGCAUGCCCACAACAUGCGUGUGAUGAAGUUCAGCGUCAGCCCUGUGGUCAGAGUGGCGGUGGAGGCCAAGAACCCCGCCGACCUGCCCAAACUAGUGGAGGGACUCAAGCGCCUAGCCAAGUCCGACCCCAUGGUGCAGUGUAUCAUCGAGGAGUCCGGAGAGCACAUCAUCGCCGGCGCCGGAGAGCUUCACCUGGAAAUCUGCCUUAAAGAUCUGGAGGAGGACCACGCCUGCAUUCCACUGAAGAAAUCAGACCCCGUUGUGUCCUACAGAGAGACGGUCAGCGCAGAGUCAGACCAGAUGUGUUUGUCGAAGUCCCCCAACAAGCACAACCGUCUGUACAUGAAGGCCAGGCCGUUCCCCGACGGUCUCGCUGAAGACAUCGACAAGGGCGACGUGACAUCCCGCCAGGAGCUCAAGACCCGCGCUCGUUAUCUGGCUGACAAAUACGAGUGGGAGGUCACAGAGGCCCGUAAGAUCUGGUGCUUCGGACCAGACGGAACCGGACCCAACCUCCUGAUGGAUGUGACCAAAGGAGUGCAGUACCUGAACGAGAUCAAGGACAGCGUCGUGGCUGGAUUCCAGUGGGCCACUAAAGAGGGUGUGCUCUGCGAGGAGAACCUGCGUGCCGUUCGUUUCGACGUCCACGACGUGACUCUCCACACAGACGCCAUCCACCGCGGCGGUGGCCAGAUCAUUCCCACGGCCCGCAGGGUCCUGUACGCCUGCCAGAUCACAGCUGAGCCCAGACUCAUGGAGCCCGUCUACCUGGUGGAGAUUCAGUGCCCAGAGCAGGUGGUUGGCGGCAUCUACGGCGUGUUGAACAGAAAACGAGGCCACGUCUUCGAGGAGUCUCAGGUCAUGGGAACACCCAUGUUCAUCGUUAAGGCCUUCCUGCCCGUCAAUGAGUCUUUCGGUUUCACCGCUGACCUGCGCUCUAACCCCGGCGGGCAGGCCUUCCCUCAGUGCGUGUUCGAUCACUGGCAGAUCCUGCAGGGUGACCCCCAGGACCCCGCGUCCAAACCCUUCCAGAUCGUGGCUGAGACACGCAAACGCAAAGGCCUGAAAGAGGGCAUCCCGGCACUCGACAACUUCCUCGACAAGUUAUAAACCCGGCGACACGUCUCCGUUCUCUAGCCCAAACUUAGACGAUGCUUUACACUCAUUCCUGUGUUUCAUUCCUUCCCUCCUGCACUCGCUUCCUCCCCUCAGAGUUCAGCAGAGGGACUGGACA